AUGGCAACCCGAAAGUCGAUUCCCUUGCCCCUCAAGCUAAAAAUCUGGCCAGUUACACCUCUUUCCAAUGUUGCUCCUGCUGCAGCUACUAGUGCCACAGUUUCCAAUUCAGAGGCCUACCAUCCAUUAACCUUCUUCUUGCAUGACAUCAUUGGUGGAUCAAACCCCUCAGCCAGGGCAGUCACUGGGAUUGUGACCAAUCCAGCAGUCAAUGGCCAAGUCCCCUUUGCCAAACCCAAUGGAGCAGUUGUCCCAAUUGGGAAUGGCAUUCCUCAGAACAACAACAACAAUGGAAUUAUCAACAACAACAAUGUCCCCUUCUUCACUGGCCUUGGUGGAAACACAGCUAGCAACUUGAUCCAAAACAAUGGGAACCACAACAACAUCAUCAGCGGCAACGGGCUUCCAUACCUAAAUGGGGCUCAGCUCCCUCCAGGCAUAACCCUUCAAAAGCUCAUGUUUGGGACACUCACAGUGUUUGAUGAUGAGCUGACUGAAGGGCAUGAGCUUGGCUCUGGCUUGCUUGGCAAGGCACAAGGGUUCUAUGUGGCAAGUUCUGAAGAUGGCAGCAGCCAGACCAUUGCUUUCACUGCCAUGUUUCAAAGUGGUGGUUAUGCUGACAGCCUCACCUUCUUCGGUGUGCAUCGCGUGGCGGCAUCGGAGUCUCAUCUUGCAGUCAUGGGAGGCACCGGAAAGUAUCUCAAUGCAAAGGGCUAUGCUCUGGUCAAGACCAUUCCUGCUACAAAUCAGCAUAAUACCGAUGGAGUUGACACUGUGCUGCAGUUUACUGCGUAUCUUACUUACUAG